AUGGCUGGGUCAGGAGGGAGUGAUCUCAGAGCUCCAAUAUUCAAUGGGGACAACUAUGAAUUUUGGAAGAUUCGAAUGAGAACGAUUUUCAAAUCUCAUGGAAUCUGGGAUUUAGUUGAAAAUGGGCUUAAAAUUCCAGAUUCAAAGGGGAAGAAGGUGGAUGCUGCUGGGUCAUCGAAUUCUGAGGAGGAAGCUCUGUUAAUGAAGAAUGCUAAGGCACUUGGGAUUAUCCAAGGGGCUGUCUCAGAAGACAUUUUUCCAAGGAUUUCGAAUGAAGAAACCUCAAAGGGUGCAUGGGAUAUUUUGCAUCAGGAAUUUCAUGGUGAUAAGCAGGUCAGAUCUAUCAAAUUGCAGGGUUUGCGUCGUGAUUUUGAGUAUACAAGGAUGAGGGAUGAUGAGACCUUGUCUGGAUACCUCACUCGCUUACUUGAGCUUGUGAAUCAGAUGAAGGGAUAUGGGGAAGACCUAUCCAAAGGAAGGUUAGUUCAAAAACUACUUAUAAGUCUGACUAAGGAAUUUGAUCCUGUCUGUUAUGUAAUUGAACAAACUAAGGAUAUUGAAAUGAUUGAGGUGCAAGAGGUGAUUGCUGCAUUGAGGGGUUUUGCUCAGCGCCUUGAUAGGCAUGCUGAGAACACCACUGAGAAAGCCUUCAGCAGCAUGAGCAUAAAUCAAAAGGGAUCUCAAUCCAACUCUGGUUCUGGCAUUAAUAAAUCAAAAAAGAGCUGGAAAUCGAAGGGUAAGAAAUGGGAUUCAAAACCUCAAAAUAGUGGCAAUCAAGGAGGAAAGCAUGAACCAGGGGAAAAAUCAGAUCAAGCAAAAGGGAAAUGCAAGCACUGUGAUAAGCUUCACUAUGGAGAAUGCUGGUUUAAAGGAAAGCCAAAGUGCUAUGGGUGCAACCGUUUUGGGCAUCUCAUUAAAGACUGUGAACAAACAAAUAAGACUGAGAAACUUGCAAAUGUUGCUAGCAAGGUAACAGAACCUGCUACUAUGUUCUAUGCUUGUCAUUCUGCUUCUAUUGAAAAAAAUAUGAAUGUGUGGUAUGUGGACAGUGCUUGUAGUAAUCAUAUGACUGCUCAUGAGUCCUUACUUAUUGAUAUAGAUAGAAAUGUGAACUGUAAAGUUAAGAUGGGCAUGGUGAUUUAG